AUGUUGCAGGAACCUGGAGAGUCCGGCUCGAGGCGUCCGCACAAAUGCUCACUUUGCGGGAAAGGAUUCCGCCUUCGUCAGUACCUGUCUGAACACCUGAAACGUCAUUUGGCCAGGGAGUAUACGGCCUUGCAGCAAAUGGAUCUUACUCAAAGUCGUUUCCUUGAUAUGGCUGCCCGCCAGCUGGAGAUAACUAGCAAUUCAAGCUGUCAAAGUUUGGAGGAGUCCACACAGGAGCAUCGGCCUUUUCAAUGCAAUGUUUGCAUGAAGGCUUUCAAACGGAAGCAUCACUUGACAGAUCAUUUGCGUCUCCAUACCGGCGAGAAAAGGUACAAGUGUUACUAUUGCAACGAGUGUUUCGUGGCCACGAGUAUCAGGGCAAGACAUAUUGCCAAGUGCCACUACCGUCCCAACUUCGAGAGUGCGUCAACAUCUGGUUCUCCCCCGGGCAUUGCUUGCACUGCUUCUACGUCACAAGGAAAAGCGUCAUUUUUAAUGAAAGCUGCUGGAUACUCAAAGUCUUCUUGAAGAGUGUCGUCCACUUCUUCGAUUCUCGUAUCCCCGUUGAUUCAACUGUGACGAUUGGAACCUCGCCGAUGCAAUCCAAGGAUCUGGUUAAUCGAGUGAGAAAUCUUCACUUUAAGCCGAGUCUCCGCCACGGAAUUUUUUUUUUUUCAAUUAUUUUCAAUCCGCAUGAGGGUUUUCUCAUUUGUGAAACCGAUGUCGCGACCGAAGGAUCGCCUGCCCGUGUUUGUGCCUUCUGGUAGUCAGCUGCGUUAGGAGGCAUUGUACUUUCUGGGGAGCUUCCGAGACAUUCCAGUCAUUAUUCUGCUAUUUUUUGUUUUGUUUUGUUGGUCUUCCGUGUCUUGAUUUAGUAUGCGAAUAUUGAUCAUACUGAUAUUAAAUCAUACAGUUGAAGUUUCGAGUCGCGAAUGUACCCUGAAAUGAAAAUCAGGAAGAUUCGUUGUCCGAGGGUGUUGGCUAAUGGUUGUCGCAAUUCAUGCCGGUUGUCACUGCUUGUGGAAUGGGAUGGAAUCCUGAGCGUGUACCGUUUAUGCAAAGGUACUACUUAUUUUGAAACCUAAGUUUUCGCUAUUGUGGUUCUUGGAAAUCAUGUGAAAAUUGCGGGAAAGUAACAUUCCAGUUAGUUCCUAAACGCCCUAGUCAUUCCGAAUGAGCUGAAAUGCCAGAGAUCUCGUCAAAGUGCAAAUGAGCAACGUUCCUGUUGAAGCUGUUCGGCCUCUUUCGUUGAACGGUCAAUUCCUUCAGAUGUGUUGCGGCUGGAAAAUCGCAUUGCUUUUCCGGUUGUAGAAAAAGCUGCAUCAGAAACCGUCUCGCCUGGGAUAAUUUCCCUGUGGAUUACUUUAACCUUGAUUAAGUUUCAAAACUGUAAAUCCUAUCUAUCUGGAGACAUGAUCAGUGUGUCAGUCACAUUUGCUCUCUUGAAAGGAUCUCAAUAACGUGAUACUUAUCUUCAUCUGUCAAAUUUCAGCAGUUGGGGAAACGAACUCAUGAAACUCCAAGCCUAGUGUGAGACGCUUGCUGAUGUCAGCUUGAAUUGGCCCGUACAUUUAAUUGAAAAGAUGUGAACCGAUGGUAACGUGUUGUUGAUCUAACCUCCACGAACCCCAUACUCCAUGCGAUCUCGAAAUAGUGUCUGUGAAGCAUGAGGAAGCGAAUCUGUCGUCAUAGCAUUAGUUAUGCGUUGUCGCGGAUUUGUGAAGUUUCAAAAGAGAUUUAUUUUGCGUCCGGAUGCAGAUGCCAGUUGCUUUUUGUGGGAGAUGGAUGUGAUUGUAUAACGUUGUUCAUUCUCAAGUGGGAUGGCAAUUUUGGAUUCCCUUUUAUUUCCUUUUUUUGUGAUGUCAAAUGCGAAAUGAGAAGCAUUCCUGGCGUGUGGAUCAUGGGUCUACCGAGUGAGUGUAGUUGAAGCGUGCCGAGUCGAUCCCUGUUCUCAGGACUUUGUACAGAUGGAUUUUUGGUUCGGCGUGUAAUUAGUUUCUGAGGCUUCGUGCCUUUAUUAGGUGUUCUGAGUUAUCUGCAAGAUUCGGUUGUGGUUUUACUGCGUUAGCCGAUGUGUUACUUGGCGGUUAAGUUUCCCCCGCCUGAUGGGAGUUGUACAUGUUGUCGUGGAAAGUGUUCUGCUUAGAUUUUAGUUGGAUGCUACCAAUUCUAGAGGGUGUGAACGCGCCUCGGUUCCACGAAAAUGCAGUGAAGGGAACUGUUUGCUCAUCUCAGUUUCAAUCUCGUCGUUUUCAGUCGCAAUUCGGGAAAAUUGUGCUUGAAAAUCCGGAAAGUAAAACUGUCACGUUCCAGAAAA